AGGGUGACCCUGAGUGCUGAGACCCUGCGCGAUGCUGAGCAAGUUUCUGGGCCCACGCUACCGGGAACUGGCCAAGAACUGGAUCCCCACUGCCAGCAUGUGGGGUGCCGUGGGUGCCGUGGGGCUGGUGUGGGCCACAGACUGGCAUUUGAUCCUGGACUGGGUACCUUACAUCAAAGGCAAAUUUAAGAAGAAUGAUUAG